AUGAGUUCCAGAAAUGCAAAAAAACACGCAAACAAAAAAAUAAGCUUAAAUAAUUCAAAUAAAAGAGGUCGCAAGAAACAAGCAGUUGUUUCACCGUCAGAUGAUCUUAAUGAACUUUUAAAUGAUACUACUAUUUUGAAAAGUACAAGCACUAAAAGAGGUCGCAAAAAGAAGCAACAAGAAGAAAUAGUAAAAAUAAAAGAGGACACAAAAAAAAAGCAUGAAAUGGUUGCAUCUCAAACAUCACAAAUAAUCACUGAACUUUUGAAAGAUAGUGUUUCUAAUAACAAUGAUGAUAAUGAUGGUAUUCUUUCCGACGGCAAUAUUUCUAAUGAUAGUGGUGUUCUCAAUAAUGAUGAAAGGUUUAAUGAUAGUGAUAGUUUUAACGAUUAUGAGUCUGUAGCUCAAGACUUUGCAACUAUCUCCUUAAGGCCGAUAUCACUGCUAAAAACAGAAUCUAAUAAUCAGAGAAAGUCAAUGUUUAACUCAAGGAGCAAUAAUCAAAUUCAAAAUGAUAUUAUUUCUUUGAACAGAAUAGCAUCUUCAAGACCAAUGUCGAUUUCUGAUUCAGAAUCAAGAAAUGAAUUAGAUAUUUCUAAUAGAACAUCAAGAAUCAAACUGACAACAGUUCCGGAUUCAAGAACAAAUAGUCAAAUUGACUAUAUUUCUCUAAAUAGAACUUUAAGAUCAAGACCAAUGUCUCCUUUGGAGUCAGGCGAUAAUAUGAUGAAUAUUCGGAUGAAUAAUACUUGUAAUGUAAUGAAUAAUUCAACUAUUCAUUUUGAUACAACUGAUAAUAGUGUUCCUUCGUCCUUUAAUAAAAUGAUGAUUUAUCAACUUUGUUCUUGGUUAUGCGAGAAUCCCAAUAUUUUGCAACUAGCAAAUAAUAUGAAUCUAUCAAUGCAAGCACCAGUAAUAGAAAGAUUACAGCUUAUGCCUUCAAACUCACCUGGAUCAUUAGCUAUGUUGCAACCUCGAGAGGAUAAGACAAAGACCUGUCGCGAUUUUCUAGAAGAAUUGAAAUAUCUUUUUCUUCGUAUUCAGAAUCUUAAGAAGAGUGUGUUUGAGGAGUUGGUGCUGAAAAUCUUCAAGUGUGAACUUAAUUCUGCUGAAGGCAUCGA